AUGCCUAAGUGUUCGAAUCUCAUUGCUUCAUUUUCAGCUAUGGUGGACUCAUUUUCUGAUCUGGGCGGAAUCACAGUGAAUCAAGGAACUACAGAAACUCGGCUUCCGCAACUUGGUUUUCACGUGGUUCAUGGGCAAAACGUAGUUUUACAAAAAGGCGGCAGAGUGGCGAGACGAAAAGAAAGCUUCUGCAAAGGGCUCGCGUUUUCCAACAGACCAGUUUCUGUCAAUGAAAACGUGUGCAUUCGACUCACCGAAGUCUCAACGAGUUGGUCAGGUGUGCUGAGAUUCGGAGUCACAAAUGUGGAUCCUGAGACAUACAGAACGAUUCAGGUUCCUAAGUUCGCUUGCCCUGAUCUCACUUCAAAAGAAGGAUUCUGGGCGAAAGCUCUUCCCGAACGGUAUUCCGUGGAAGGUAAUAUUCUACACUUUUCAAUCAAUCACACGGGUGAUCUUUAUUACGGCGUCAAUGGUGUUCAUAAGGGUGUGUUUUUGGUUGGUAUCAACGUUUCGCUCCCCAUUUGGAUAAUUGUUGAUAUCUAUGGCAACAGCGUAGCCGUCGAAUUCGUAGACCCGUCAGACUUCCGUGUGCCUCGAUCGGCUUCAGUAACUCCACGUAUAACCAGUGCCGGCAGUUCGAAUUAUGAGACGCCUUCCAUUGAAGCGCCUAUGGCGUCUUCUCAACAAGCUCAGUCCGUCACUACUAGUUCAUCAACGAAUUUCGAUGCUCUACGAUUCCAUCAGAUGGCAGGUCGACAUGUUUCUCUAAAUUCGAUGCGAAAUAUUGCCACUCGAUGUGGCAGCGAAUAUACUCAAGGUUAUGUGUUUUCGGAAAGGCCUAUUCGUAAUAACGAAAAGGUAGUCAUCGAGGUGAUCGGCGUUCAGCAGCUCUAUAAGGGUGGUUUGGCCUUCGGCGUGACAUGCUGUGAUCCUUCGACGCUGCGCUCGACAGAUCUUCCGGACGACUCAUCAGAUCUGAUAGAAAUGCCACAAUAUUGGGUCGGCAUCAAGGAUAUCGCCUUACAACCGCGAGUAAACACUGUGCUUAGUUUCUGGAUUACCGAUGCAGGUGAGGUAAAAUUCGAAAAGGAUCAAGGUCUAGCUCGUACUGUCCUUCACGUCGACAACUCACUUCCUCUUUACAUGUAUUUUGACCUUUACGGCUCGACGCAAGCAAUCAAAUUGCGUGGAACAGUGCCGGUAUCUCGAUCUCAUUCACCACUGCCGAGAGCUACAUCUUCGUCUACCUCCGCUCCUACUCGGGUCGCUCUCCCACCUUUGCCAACGAUAAUUCGAAGGGAACCUUCGACAGUGCCAUCUUCACGUCAGUCUCAACCUAGCGAGUUCACAUCUAAUAUUAUGCGUGUGCUUUUGCGCGAUGAAGCGAAUGGAACAGCACUGCCUAAUCUUUUUGACGACGAUUACGAGGAAAACAGUGGUCAUGCACGCCGUCCUGCUCUGCCACCGAGAAGGGGCGUCGAUGAGCUCAUGCUGCGGCGCACUAUCGACGACCUGCUCAGCGAUACGUCUGCAGACCUUCCCCGUCCUCCGCCGUUGGCCCCAAGACUGGAAUCACUGCUUGGAAGGCCUUCUGGUGCCACACAAGAUCUCCCGUCAUCGUCUCGUUCUUCAUUGCCGAAUCUUCAAAGUCUCAGCACUACUUUUACACGUGCACGAAGUGCGCAGUUAACCGUGGAUCGCGAUUCAAGCGAAGGUGAUGAUGGUGCUCAAGGAGACGAGCUCGAUGAGUGCACGGUGUGCAUGUCGGCUAAAGUGAAUAGUGCUCUAUACAAGUGUGGUCACUCAUGCAUGUGCUACGAUUGCGCAAUGCAAACCUACCGCUCAUCAGGUCUUUGCCCUCUUUGCCGUGCCUCAAUUUUAGAUGUCAUCAAGAUCUUUAAAGCGUAA